AUGGCUUCAGGAUACGGGUAUUGGGCUGCAGGUGGACAAAGAGGUGACUUGACAUUGAAGGAUACAAAUAGUGAAUAUCAAGUGAGCAUCACUACCUCACCAGGAUGCACUAUCAAUAACGGACUGUGUUUUUCUCAUUUAAAUGGAGAAACCCGAUUAUUGGUUUCGAAUAAUGAUGCAUCUAUCCGAGUCUUUUCUGUGCCAGAUCUAGAGUUGAUUGAUACAUUAGAUUUCCGAACCGCAGUUAACCACACCUCUGUGAGUCCGGACGGACGAAAGAUGAUUACGGUAGGAGACGAUAACCGAGUCCAAUUAUUCAAUGUGACCAGCAGUGGACAAUACGAAUUAUCGACGACCAUGGCAGUAUCGCGUGACGCGAACUUUUCAGUGGCAUGGAACCAUUCCAGCGAGAAAUUUGCCGUGUCAAGCCAAGAUGGAUCGGUGCAUGUGUGGGAUAUUCGUAGCCGAAAUCCUUUGGCCCGAUUUGCGGGAUUACAUCCGUCCAUUACAAAGGGAGCAGCACGGUGUGUGAAAUUCACUCAGACGGGAGCAGUGGAUUUGCUGGCUUUUACAGAGCAUGUGUCUCAUGUACACAUUGUGGAUGCGCGUACAUUUGAUGGACAACAGACGUUACGUGUUGGUUCAGCAGGUCAUGAUACACCCAUUACCGGCCUGUGCUUUUCCAAUGACAGCCAAAAGAUGUUUGUCGGACUGGAAAAUGCAAUUCUUGAUUUCAAUAUAGACACUGGUGCUCGUAGAAGAUUUGCUCAUGGCAAAUUACUUUAAAAUUGUAUUAUC